CAGUGCACGUCGGAUCGCUUUGGGCUUGGGAUAUGUGCGAAGACGAAUUUCUCGCGUGAAAUCCACGGCGAAAAGUACCUUACCGCUGCUGACCUUGGUGAGAACUCGUCUUGGAAGCGGAUAAACUGGCCUGUUGUCCAGACGUCCCCAACAACCGCAUGUGAAGGCGGCAAUGGAAAGAUGAUGCCCGGCAGCCGCCUGGGACCACAGUCGCGGUGCCUGACAACCGAAUCGCUGCAGGUUAAUGACGGUACAUCAUCAGACAAAUCUGUUCAAGGCAUUUGUGCAAAUGUGAAGUGUGACAAUGAUACUGUACGCGUGCAGUACAAUGGCGACGACACCUGGCACUUGUGUCCUCAAGGACAAACGAUUGCUGUAACGGGGUCUGCAUUCAGCGGGGGAAAGAUUCGGUGCCCCAAAUACAGUGAGGUAUGCUCAAGGGAGCCGAGUUCAGCCGGCAUCACUGUGUUUACGCCUGUCGAUAUCAAAGAGAGUACAGGAACCCACAGCAGCAGCAGUGCGGCGAGUACACGAUCUGACAAGGGCAAGGACCUACCGAAGAGUUUUGACGAGUACAUGUUACCACCCGGAAUGGAGCACCUCACCGAGGAGGAGCGCGCCAGGUACCGUGAGCAUUUUCUGGCCAACGGCGGCCUUGACAGCAGCAGUACAACGACACUCAUGACCUCAAUGCUUGCUUUACUGUGUCUCGCUGCUGCCGUUCUGGUGACCCCAUAA